AUGGGGUUUAUCAAGUAUUCAAUAUGCAUACCUGUUCGAACCAAAACACAACGAGGCUCCAUCCCAACAUACUUCAAUAUGCCACUGCUCAAUGAUCUACCGUCUUGUUCUACAGAACUGAAACCCGCAUCAUCAGAGUCCCGGUGCUCCACAUUACCCUUAUGCUUCCCACUUUGCUCGCAAUCACCAUCAGAAUGGGGAUCGUCAACCAUCUGUCUUCAAGAUAUCCUUAAAGCAGUGGCCGUGCUGAGGAAAGAGUCAAUUAUCUGCUAUCCUCUUGGAAAUAUUGCUGGCUAUAAGGAAUAUUCCUGCGUGGAGCUCUAUAUCCAAUCCAGUCACUGCGCCCAGUUACUUCGGACACUUCCUAGCUUUGAGGACGAAGCUCCUAUACUUUUACACUUGGAUGAUCAUUGGAAUACUAUAGUUUGGUUCUGGGCAGUUCUGCUUGCCAAUGGUGUUCCUGUUCUCUCUUCUCCAUUCAGCAUCGUUGAUGACCAUCGUCUGGAGCAGAUUCGGGGCUUGUCGAAGCUUCUUCAAUAUCCUAUAUGCAUCACAACAAAAAAUUUACUUGGUGUGUUUGGCGGCACCGAAAAUUUGCUGGAAAUUCACACAACGGAAUCACUGAGCUUGGAUAAGUUUCAAAUUGGCCACCGAAGCCCAGAUGUUUCAGCUGCCUACCCAAGCUAUAGGGGAGGCCAAUCUCUAGCGAUGUUGAUGCUAACGUCAGGAAGUACUGGGAACUCAAAGGCUGUACGCCUGACGCACAAGCAGAUAAUUUCAGCAAUCACGGGGAAAGCAUCCGUACGCCCGUUACCCGUUGGCGGCCCAUUUAUGAACUGGAUUGACCUUAACCACGUUGCAAGCCUCAUUGAAAUUCACAUCCAAGCUCUGUGGCUAGGAGUUGACCAGAUUCAUGCCCAUGCAGCUGAUAUAGUUUCAUCACCCAACGUCUUCCUAGACCUACUGAGCAAGCACCGUGUCUGUCGCACUUUUGCGCCAAACUUUUUCCUCGGAGGCUUGAUAUCCUCAAUGAAGUCAAAAAAAAGUCUUCCGCUAGGCGAAAGGCCGUGGGACUUGUCAAAUUUGCAGAUAGUUGCCUCUGGAGGAGAGGCCAAUGAUGUGACAACCUGCGUUGCUGCGUCUGCCUUAUUCCAAAAUCUUGGAGCACGCCCAGAUGUCAUCACACCGGGAUUCGGCAUGACAGAGACCUGUGCUGGGGCAAUAUUUAACCUUACUUGUCCGUCAUAUGAUGUUGACCGCGGCUAUGCUAUUGCCUCUCUAGGCAAGUGCAUGGAGGGUAUCGAGAUGCGUGUUACGAUUGGCCCCAGGUUGGCGGCUAUAGAUGAGUGCGGCGACUUGGAAGUACGUGGUGAUGUGGUGUUUAAUGGCUAUUAUCGAAAUCCCGAGGCCACUGCUAACGCUUUUCCUUGGGGAGACGGAUGGUUCCGUACCGGCGAUCGAGCUCGUAUCAAUUCAGACGGCAAUCUCUGUCUUAUUGGCAGGAAAGAAGAAGUGGUAAACAUUAAUGGCAUUAAAAUUGUCAUAGCAGACGUCGUAUCGCUGCUAGAGCGGGCACUUGGGAAUAAAGUAAACCGUUUUGUGGUGUUCUCUUCUCGAGUCACUCACACCGAUCAGAUCACUGUUUGCUAUACCCCUACGAAAUGGCCCCAUACCGCUGAAGAGAUGGACGUGGUUGACGCAAUUAUUACUCAAGAAUGCCUUUCUAAUACCUUUGCGCGUCCUUUGGUGUUCUCCUUGAGAGAGUCAUCACUGUCUCUUUUACCUAUAUCCUCGCUGGGAAAAAUUUCGCCUGCAAAGAUGAGUUCAUUAUUCGCAUCUGGCGUCUUCGAUCAAGAUGUUAGCCUUCACAAAAAUCAGGUUAAGGAGUAUAGGGAAGAGAAACAGCGGGGAGCAUUGCACUCUGUUGCAACAGAAGCUGAGACCUUUAUCAUGGUUGACUUCGCAAAGACCCUCAACAUUGACCAUACUGCGAUAGGUCCAGAAACGCAAGUCUUCGAGCUAGGUUUCACGUCCAUGGACCUUAUUCGCCUGAAACGCCGUCUCGAUACUCGUUUGGGAAUCACAUUGCCCAUAGUGACAAUCAUGAAAAACCCAACUGCCCGAUUAUUAGCCGCAGCUCUUGCUAGCCAGACCUCCAGUGAUGGACCAGUUGAAACAAAAGACACAGAAUACGAUCCUGUGGUAAUCCUGAAAUCUGGUGGUUCAAAGGCACCACUUUGGCUUUUCCACCCCGGCGUGGGCGAAGUCCUUGUCUUCAUUGGUUUAGCACAGCAUCUUGCUGAUGAGGAUAGACCUAUUUACGCCUUGCGUGCAAGGGGCUUCGAACGAGGACAGACACACUUUGCGUCCAUUACGGAGACAGUCGACACCUACAUCCAUGCCAUCCAAAAGCACCAGAAAAGGGGUCCGUACGCAUUGGCAGGCUAUAGCUACGGUGCAAUGCUUGCCUUUGAAGCGGCCAAAAAGUUAAACUCCAUGGAAAUAGGCACCACGGGCAACUCAGUACGCUUUCUUGGCAGCUUCAAUCUACCACCGCACAUCAAAUGGCGCAUGCGUCAACUAUGCUGGAACAUGUGCCUGCUGCAUCUGACACAGUUCCUCGGAAUCACAACAGACGAAUAUGUGGAGGAAAUGGAGCUGAACCCGCAGUUUUCCCAAAAAUCCAGGCAUGAUGCAGUGGAACAAAUACUUCUUGCUGCGGACCGGGGGCGGAUGGAAGAGCUGGGACUGGAGGACGUGGCACUUGCCAGAUGGGCUGACGUCGCUUUCAGUUUGCAGAGCAUGGCAGUGGACUACGAACCCAGCGGACAGGCAGACAGCAUUGAUGUGUUCCAUGCCAUUCCCCUCAAACUUGCCGCUCCAUCGAGAGAAGUGUGGAUAAAGGAACAUUUGAGCAAAUGGAGAGACUUUUCUCGGACUGAGCCCAGAUUCCAUGCAGUUGGAGGUGCACACUACACCAUGAUUGGGCCAGAUAAUGUGGUUGGAUUUGCUUCAACGCUCAAGGGGGCCCUGGCUGCACGCGGGGUCUAA